AUGGGCGGCCACGGACGCUACUUGUUGUUAUUGUUGUUUAUCACGGUGUUAAUUAAAUUUUCGUACCCAUUGCCGUAUGAUGUCCACUGGCUAGGGGGCCCCACAACAAUAGAGAGAGAUGUGCCAUCCCCUAAGAAACAAACUGUAGACAUUUAUUGCUAUAGGGGCACUUCUAAAAACGUGUUUGCUAUAUGGCAAACUGUAAAGUUCAACAUAAAAAUAAAGACCAAUGAGUUCAGUCAGUACAUCGGUGAGUCACCAGUGGAUGUGUACAAGGAGUACUCGGAGGACAGCUAUGGCUGGUCCUCUGUUGUCAAUCCGUUCCAGAAGAAACCACAGAAGUCCGUAUCUAUCAACCUCUUUACUCCCACGUGUAUGGCUAUCAACACGAGAGAGAGGCACACCAUUGAACUACAAGUUUUGAGAGUAGACCUAUGGCGUAUAAUGUUGAUGGCUGCGGGUUUGGUGCUGAUAUUCUCGUCGCGAGCUCUUUGCGGGAACCCCGUGUUCUUCUACCUGUGUGGGAUCUUUGUUGGAGUAUUCGCUUCGUUUAUGGUGCUUGUGUAUUAUAUCAGCAAGUUGCUGCCUAGGAAAACAUUAACAUAUGGCAUUCUAAUCGGCGGUUGGACAGUAGGAGUGUACCUAUUCCAACAAGUAUGGGAGAACAUUCGCACGCUAGUACUGACGUACCAAACUUAUAUGUUCUGGUACACCAUGAUCAUAAGCUUCGUCAGUUUCGUAGUCUGCUACAGAAUAGGACCGCCGAGGAAUCAAAGGAGCAAGAAUUUGGUCAUGUGGACUUUACAGUGUGUAGGAGUGCUGAUGAUAUUCUUCAGCUCUGAGUACCAAGAAGCUUCAGCUGCCGUCAUCAUCGCGUCACUUGUCGCCAAGUACUUCCCACAGUCACUGAUCAACAGGAUAUCUGGAUACUGGCGUCGCAAGUUCCCGCCAAAACAGAAGUUGCUAUCCAGUGAAGAGUACUAUGAACAAGGUGCGCGCGAAACCAAGAUGGCGCUGGAAAACCUCAGGAAGUAUUGUUCAAGUCCCGACUGUGCGCAGUGGAAGAUUAUGCUCAAGUUGAACGAUUCUAAGAGGUUCGCGAGCUUCGUCGAAGGCAAUUCUCAUUUAAGCGAUGAUGAAGUGUUAGACUAUGAAUCAUAUGCCUUCUCUUUAGAACGUGCCAGGAAACCGACUCACAUGGCCAAUUCCACCAGAAACAUGGAGAUAUCAGAUGACGAUGACGAUGACACAGAUUAUGACGAUGAUUGA